AUGCAGAUGAGCGCUGCUUCUGUUGUGACAACUGUGGCAAAAAUUUGUUGGGUAACAUUUGAUACUAAAGUGGUAGCAGUUUCAAGCAGACGGCGGGGAUCGGUGCCGGAACCGCCACCGCGAAAUCCUCCCUCACCACCAGCUGAAAAUAUCUAUGAAACAGUAUUGCCGUGCUCCUCAAAGGAUUCAGAGGAAUUUGAGCCUCCACGCGGGUAA